AAACCCACAACAAUGGCGAUAAGUUCUACAAUAAGUCAACCAUUGCAAGGAGGUUAUCGGGAGUCAGUGCCCUUUGGUGACCUGGUUCAGAAACUGUGACACCUGCGGUCUGUCGUCUGAUUCUGAAGGUCGUUCCUGUCAAGAAAGAAGGAUAUAGUUGACCUCCAGAAGACUUCCCAGAAUCCAAGAUGGCGCCCAGGAGAGACAAGGUCAGCAGCUCCACCCCGCUGCUAGACGACCUUGGGCCUGUGAAGGUCAAACCGUACUGUCCGAUCACGGUGGAACCCAUCCUGCUGUUUGUGGGUAUAGGGUCGUUCAUGUCCAGUCCCCUGCUGCAGCAGUAUCUGUACUACAGUCUGGGGAACGGCACAGCAACAUCUCACAACUCCUCUGUGUGUGGGGCUAUGGACUACAACAGCUCUCAUCAGUCCGGUCAGCAGGCAGAGGCGUCCCAGUGGCUGACGUACCUGUCCCUGUGUUCUUCCAUUCCCUCACUCCUCAUCGCCGCCAUCUUGGGCCCCAUGUCUGACAAGGUCGGUCGCAAGGUUGCCAUCGUCACACCCGUAACCGGCGCUCUCGCACUACUGGUGAACACGGCUCUGGUUUUUUAUCUGGACAUCCCACUUGUGGGCCUCCUACCAGGAACCCUGCUGUAUGGCAUGCUGGGAAGUUCGACCACACUGUACGGCGGCUGUUUCUCCUACCUGACGGACAUCACGGAACCCGGGAACUCCCGCGCUUUCCGCAUGGCCAUCCUCGAGAGCUGUCUGGGUGUUGCAGCUGUGGCAGGUGUGUUGACAGGUAACCUGUGGCUGGCCAAGAUGGGGGAACCGCAGGGCUUCCAACAACCGUUGUUCCUAGCGGUCGGCCUGGCUGCCUUCUCCCUGCUGUACGCCUUGUUCGGGAUCAGAGAGACGUGUCCGAAACGCCGGGGACAGAAGGUGUGCUCCUUAGCCAGUGUGUCAGGCAUGGUUCACCUGGUCAGACACUCCUUUAAGACGUCCCAGUGGCGCCUCGCUGUGGUUCUGUUCGUCUUCUUCCUGAACUGUGGGAUCUACAUGACGUCUUCUGGCAUCGUCACGCUCACGUUGAUCGCCCCUCCCUACUGCUGGACCUCUGACCUGCUGGGGUACUUCUACACGGCCGUGUGCGCUGGCUUCGUUACCGGCGUCGUCGGCAUCAAACUGCUCGGGAAAUGUCUGUCCAUGUACGGCCUCAUUCAUGUUGGUUUCCUGUCAGGAGCAGCAGGGUUUGUGAUACAGGCGUUAGCUGUCUACACACCAAACCGCAAUGCUGCCUUCUUUGCAGCAUCGGCGGCUGCCUGCAUACAGACGAUGCCGGCUCCACUGAUGAAGGCCAUCAUGUCCAAAAUGGUGCCGCAGUCACAACAGGGCAGCCUGUUUGCGCUGAUAGCCUGUGUAGAGAGCCUGGCAGGAGUGAUUUUUAACCCUGUGUGGAACGCAGCGUUCGGUGCCAGUGUCUCCUUCAUGCCAGGUCUGGUGUUCCUGUGUUACGCUGGCACACUGGCUGUACAGGCAGCACUCAUCGGAAUUGUUCAGUGCCAGAAUAAGCCGACAACUUAUGACGUUAUGGAAUAUGAUGAUGAUCACAUCAACUAAUAACAACAUGUAAAUACUACAAAUGACAACAAAUAUGAUACAAACAAAACUGCCAUAAAUAGAAAAGGGAAGACUAAGUGUACCUAAUACCCUUUUAGAAGUAAGAAAAUAGUGGAUAAAAUAAUAACCUCCCCUGUAAAAUAUCAUUGGAAGUAAAAAACACGCACAAAUAAACUCAGUAUUGAAAUGCAAUAUUUUAGGUAGAACUUUUUAUAACUGUAUAUCUCUGUACUUUUAAUAUGGCCCCUUUGCCUAAGCUAAAUAAUAAGUAAAUAGAUAAAUGAAAUAAAUUGUAAAUACUCAACUUACUGGAGGAUUAUGCAGAUAAUGAACUCAUGAAUUACCAGGGAAAAUGUAACUGAAUGUAAAAUGUGGUAAAAAUAUUGCCUGAGGUAAAGAUAUACUAGAACACCUCAUGAAAAAUUGUGCCACUCAGACCACAGUUGUAGCUGAGAAUGUUAUAUCAGUCUUGCCAUCCAUAUCUCUUAUUAGAAAUUGUAUGAAAUAACAACUAAUAUUUGAGGAUAAAGGGACACAGUAUUACAUAUCGAAUGUAUCAUUUUCAGGUAAAACAAGUCAGAACAAAAUAUAACUUCAAGUUGUUGUUUAAGGAUUUCAAACAUAUCAAAUGGUGCUGGACAUGUAUCUUAGGACAGUACUAAGUUAACAAAUAAUAUGGUCAUGUUUUAGCAUUUGGCAAUUUUGCUCAGGUUUUAAGAACUUAAACAAGCCAAUGACAAUCAUACUUUUAGAUUUUACUUUUUUAAGCUGUUGACAGCGGUCAAAUGUUAUUGUAAGUCAAUGAUGAAUUGGUGCUGGUACUUAAUCGCUUGGUACAAUUUUUACAUUUUGUUUUAUUGGUACUGUUGGAAUAUCUUGAACUUUUUAAACCCAGGGUUUUUAAAUAAAAGUUACACAACAAUCAUGAAAGAGAUUAAAAAACAAA